AUGAGACGAACUUAUUCAACACAGAUUAUCAAUGAUAGAUUCGGUACAUCAACAAUUCAAUUAAAUAAACUUGUUCCAUUAAUUUGUAAACUUGUAUCUGAUUCAAAUGGAACUGUUCGUCAACAAGCAAUCGAUACACUUGUAGAAAUUUAUCGUCAUGUUGGUGAAAAAGUUCGAGGUGAUAUAGCUAAGCGGGACAUACCAGAGGCUAAAUUAAAACAACUUUAUGAUAAAUUCGAUGACGUUGUCGCAAGUGGACGAAUGAUUGCUAAAAUGUCUGAUUCAACAGAUGGUAGUGCUUCAUCUUCUUUACCCCACGGUAAGAAACAAAAAAGUUCAAUAUGA